AUGGAAGACCGAAUACAUGAAGAAGUGAAGGCCUUUGUCGAAGUCCUGGAUUCCAGUGCCGCCAAACCGUUGGACAUUCACGAUCUGGUGCAAACAGCCGUCGCCAACGUCAUUUGUUCGCUCAUGUUUGGCCGGCGAUUUGAUUACAACAACCCCCAGUUCAAGAAGUACGUCCGGGGAAUAGACGAGAACUUCAAGAACAUUGGUCUGAGCGCCAUUGUCAACUUCUUCCCCAUGCUUGAACACCUGCCUGGAGAUCCAACGCUGCGCUUCCGACUUAAAGUAGUCCGUUCCUCCAAAUAUUUCUUCCUUUCAUUUCUACUUCUUCAUUUCUUCUUCUUUUCUUUUUCUUUUUCCUUUCUUAAAGAUUUCUUCUUUUCUUCUUCUUUUCUUCAUUUAUUCUUCUUCAUUUCAUCUUUGUUGUUUACACUUUACUUUUUCUUUCUUUUUAUUCUUCAUUUUUCUUUCUUUUUUCUCUUUCUUUUACAUCUGUACCUAACGUCCCGGGUGUACAACAGCAGCACAAUGUAUCGCUUCAGUGGUUCAGACUUUCUAUCUCGCGUCAUAUCUAUCUAUCUGUCGAUCGAUCGAUCACUCGGAAAUCGGUUCAUAUCUAUCUAUAUAUCGAUCGGAAAACGGUUCAUAUCUAUCUAUCGCUAA